AUGGACAGCUCCAAAAUCAUUAACAUCAUCAUUGCUCUUUUCUUGCCACCUUUGGCCGUCUUCAUGGCACGCGGUUGGGGUCAGGACUGUAUCAUCGAUAUUAUCCUAACGAUCAUCGUGUUCUUCCCAGGUAUGUUGUACGCGUUGUACAUCGUGUUGAAGGACUAA